AUGGAAUUAGAGAGUAAAAAUAAUCAAAUCCAAGCUUCAAAUGCAGAUCAACAAAAUGGAGGAACAAAUUUUUUCAAAACAUGUUUCAAUGUACUGAAUACCUUAACAGGUAUUGGAAUACUCUCAAUGCCAUAUGCAGUUUAUCAAGGAGGAUGGUUCAGUUUCAUGCUGCUAAUAAUUUUUGGUGUGAUAUGUUGCUACACAGCUUUACUUUUGGAAAGGUGUAUGAACCUAAAUCCAAAAAUAAAAUCUUACGCUGAUAUAGGCGAGGUUGCAUUCGGGUACAAAGGAAGAGCUGUGAUAGCUAUAUUCAUAUAUUUAGAGGCAUUUUUAAUAUGUGUGGAGCUUCUUAUUCUAGAAGCAGACAAUUUGGAGAAGCUUUUUCCAAACAUGGAAUUCACAAUCUUUGGCGUAAGAAUUGGUGGUAAAAGUGGUUUUGUUUUUCUCACUGCUUUGGCGAUACUACCAACAACAUGGUUGAGAAACUUGGGAGCUUUGGCUUAUAUUUCUGUUGGUGGGGUGCUCACUUCUGUUAUUUUGAUUGGAUGUGUUGUGUGGGUUGGUGAAGUGGAUGGUGUGGGAUUUGAUGAAAGGGGUGAUGUGAUUCAUUGGAGUGGAUUGGCUACUUCUAUGAGCAUUUUUGCUUUUUGUUUUAGUGCUCAUUCGUUGAUGCCUACAAUAUGCACUUCCAUGAGUGACAGAAAACAAUUUUCCAAGGUUGUGUUGGUUUGCUUUGUGUUAAGCACUAUUAUCUAUGGAACUAUUGCCGUUCUAGGCUACAUGAUGUUUGGAGAUCAUUUAAAGUCUCAAAUCACAUUAAACUUACCCAAAAACACUAUUAGCACUAAAAUAGCAAUCUACUCCACCGUAAUUAAUCCUUUCACUAAGUAUGCUAUUGAAAUCAGCCCCAUAACAAUUGCUAUUGAAGACAAAUGGAAUCUAUGCAUGAGUAGACCUAUUAGCAUUUUAGUGAGAACAACCAUUGUUGCUUGCAGUGUUCUUGUGGCACUAUACAUCCCCUUUUUUGCAUACAUUAUGGCAUUUACCGGUGCAUUUUUGAGUGUGGCAAUAUCAUUGUUGUUCCCUUGUGUUUGCUAUUUAAAGAUGAAAAAAGGUGGUAAGAAAUUGGAGUUAGAGAUGAUGAUCAUCCUGGGAAUUCUUAUCAUCGGUACAUUGAUUGGGAUACAAGGAACGUAUGUAUCAGUGGGGCAAAUAGUAAAUCAGAUGAAGCAUUGA